AUGCAGUCACAGCAAGCUCGUCAGUUUUACCUGAUCACUGCUCCGAGAACAGGAUCUCACCUUCUUCUUAAGAUCCUGGCACUGGAAGAUCAACCCAAUGUCUUAUUUCGUGAGACUGGAGGGUACUUCUUUCUGCCACUAAUAGUCCUAAGGGAAGAGCUGCAAACCUCUUGGAAACAUCUCGACAGCCUGACCGCGGAGCAAAAGACCAAGGAACAGGAGUGUAUGGAGAGUUGUCUCCGUGAUUUUGAACUGCAUGCCGAGAGAGCAAAUAUAGAAGGAAAACUUGUCAUUGUGAAAGAGCAUUCUUAUUUCCUGACGGACCCGGUUGCACAGUCACGAUUUCUAUUUGGCGAAGAAAGUUUCAAUGUAGAGACACCUCUAAAGUUGCAAACUUCAAAUAGUUCCAUCCCGGAAACAUCUCACUCGGUCCACAACGAAACAUUUCUGUCAGACGAAAUCCUGAAAGCAUGGCAUCCGAUAUUUCUCAUUAAACACCCGGCGUUGGCCUUUCCUUCGUAUUAUAGGGCCUUUUUGAAGGGCUACGGAGAGGAAUUUACGAAGUCGAUUGCAGGACAGAGGGAGUUCCAGAUGGUCAUGACAAUGCGAUGGACACGCAAGUUGUAUGACUUUUACAGCGAAUGUAAGGCACCCCCUGUAUUCGCAAAGAAUCAGGCCACAUGGCCUAUUGUCCUGGAUGCAGAUGACAUCCUCUGCAAUCCAUCCGUCGUCACCAAACUCUGCGAUAUUGUUGGGAUCGACAGUGAUAGACUGCGCUACACUUGGGACAUGAAUCAGAUUCAACAGGAUCUCUCGGUAGAAGCAUUCACAACGACACUCAAUAAUUCUACCACCAUCGAUACGACGAAGGUUGCGGGGGAUAUUGAUCUCAGUGACGAAGCAAAAAAAUGGAGGGCUGAAUUUGGAGAUGCAGAGGGAGAAAUGAUAGAGGGGCACACCCGUGCUGCCAUUCCCGACUAUCUAUUCUUGAGGUCCCAGAGACUGAGGGCAUGA